AGAAAAAACAAACACAUGCCAAUCGAUUUUGGAAGACAACUUUUGCUUUCAAAAAAAAAAGAGAGAGAGUGAAAGAUAAGGAGUUCAGUGGCAGAGACUGAUCUCCACAGUUCAUCGCCAUGAUCAGACUCCUCGUGUUCUUUUUGCCCUUGUCAACCUCUCUGCCCCUGUUGGGGUGGGUGGAGUCCCCAGGUUACCCCAGGGGGUACCCAAACGAGGCCACGCUCAACUGGAAGAGGUGCGCGCCUUCGGGCCACGCCCUCGUUCUCACGCUGACCCACCUGGAUCUGGAGGACAGUGAAGAAUGCCAGCAGGACGCAGUGGAGAUCUCCAGCGAUGAAACGAAGCUUGCAUCUCUGUGCGGCCGCAAGUCGUACGAGGAGCUCCAGUCCUCCGUCAACCCCUCUCUUCAGUCCUCCAACUCGGGGUGCCUCAUGCUGUCCUUUCGCUCUGACUACUCCAACACCGAGAGGCACAGCGGCUUCAGGGGGUUCUACACCGUGCAGGAUGUGGAUGAGUGUGAGGACCCUGACAAUAACUGCAAUCAGCUGUGCAGCAACUACAUCGGAGGGUAUCGCUGCUUCUGCUGGCCGGGCUACUACCUGGACAAUGAUGAACACACCUGCACAGUGAACUGCUCCAGGGAUCUCUCCGGCUCCUAUACGGGAACGGUGUCCAGUCCGGGCCGACCUGGCCCAUAUCCCGACUUUGCCCUGUGCUCCUACAAGCUGGCAGUGGAGGAUGAGCUGCAGCUGGUCCUGGAGUUUGCACCUGAUUUCGAUGUCGAGGAAGCGGAGGAUGGGAAGUGCACUGACUCAUUGAAGAUUAAAACCCCCUCUCGUGAGUUUGGACCCUACUGUGGGAAUGUUCCCCCCGUGUCCCCCUUCCGCACCGGUUCACACCAGGUCGAGGUCCGCUUCCUCUCCGGCGGCUCCGGGACCAACACCGGGUUUACCCUCAGCUACAAAACCACAGCUAAGACCUGUCCCAAUGAAGUGACCCCACACUCCACCAUGGACCCACGGAAGCUGGAAUAUCACCGAGGUGACCGAGUCACUGUGAGCUGUGACACGGGGUAUUUCCCUUACUCUGAUGACGUAGUCAAUGACAUCACAAAAGACCUGAAUUACAAAUCAGUUUGUUUGAGUUCAGGCAUCUGGACCCCAGCCUACUCAUGUACACCCGUCGACUGCAGCACCCCUGACAUUCCUGAGGAUGGGCCCCUCCAGGUGUUGACACCGAAACAAGGGACUAAGUAUCUGGCUGAAGUCCAAUUCCAGUGUGAAUCUAAGUACUAUAAACUGGAGCCAAAUGAGCCCUAUAUCUGUGAUGAACAGGGUAACUGGAGGUCUAGAAGUGGUCAAACUACCCUCCCAAAAUGUGUCACAGUAUGUGGAAAGACGGAAAAGCAGAUCGUCAGCUACUCCAGAAUUUUUGGGGGGAAGCCGGCGGAAUCAGGGCAAAUUCCCUGGCAGCUGUGGCUCUAUUCCCUCGACGGAGGCGCGUCUCUGAUCAACGACCAAUGGGCCCUCACCGCUGCCCACGUGGUGGAAAACAACGAAGGGAGGGAGAUCGGCAUUUACGGGGGCCUGAUCAUCCGUAAAGGAGCGUUCGGCAUCGAAGAGCGGGGCGUGAAACACGAGACGGCGAUCAGUAACAACCCAGGAUUGGUAGUCUUAGAAUCUGAAAAGUUCAUCAUCCACCCUGCCUACCGAAAGGGCGAAAGUAAGGAACAGCGAUUGAGCUACGACAAUGACAUCGCUCUGGUCAAGCUGAAGUCCCGGGUGAAGCUCGGCCCAACGCUCCUCCCUGUCUGCCUGCCGGAGAAGAAGGGCGAGUCCAUGGAGAAUAAACUGGGCACGGUUUCCGGCUGGGGUAAAACCGAAAAGAGCACAGACAGCAAGAACAAGCAUUUACUCCACGUCGACAUCCAAGGCUACUCCCAGAAUCAGUGCGAAAACGUUCCAAUACAUCCAGAUCUGAAGAAGAAAAUGGCUUACACCAGGAACAUGUUCUGCGCCGGUGCGGACGGGGCGGACAGUUGCCAAGGUGACAGCGGCGGGCCUUUCGUUGUUCCCGCCCUCGGUGCGGACAACGGGCCAUACUACCUGUACGGCAUUGUGUCCUGGGGUCCGCAGUGCAAGGACAAGGGGUACUACACCAAAGUGGAAAACUAUGUGGACUGGAUCAAGGAGACCAUGGAGAAGGAAGAGCGGGCCAGUGAACAGGACGAGGCCUGAUAGACCUCAGUGUCUGAGAGACUUUUAAUUCAGUCCUCAUCUUUCAAUGCGCUUAUAUCAGUCUGUGAUCCCAAUGUGAGCGUCAAUGAACGGAAACAUGUCGGUAAUGUCUAGGGGCGAGCAGGGCCAGUUGCUGGAUGGACAUGGGUCACGGUUUACACUAAGGCUCAUAGUGAGAGAUUUAGGGGGAUUUAAUGAUAAUUGAAUGGGAGGUGAUUUUUGGGUAGCUUGCUUGCUUGCUAAUGUUAGGUACAUAGAUUUGUUGUGAAAUCACAAUGAUUUUCAGAAAUGACUUAAUUUAAAAAAGAAUCUGUGUUUUAGAAGAUUAAGGGAUUAAAUUACUAAAGGGACAAAAAAUUGAUUUAUUUUCUCUAAAACAAUCUUGUGAAUUAAAGAUAAACUAAUAAUACAAAAAGUUGUAAAAUGGUCCUUAAUACAAUGUAAGGCUUCUGCAAUGUUGUGAAGUAAGAAGUUGGUGAAAAUAAAUGUUGAAGUUAUUAUUGAAACAAA